UAUAAGAUAUAUUGCUUUUUUUCUUUUAUAAAUCACUCUUCUGCUUCUAAUUAUAUUUUAUUAUUAUUUAAUUUAAAAUAAAAGUCAAGAAGAAAUAUACGGAAAUGCUGUGGAAGAAUUCUCUUUGCAAAUUAUAAUAAUAAUUGCAAUGGCAACAAUACUACUCUCGACAAAAUUGAUUUUUCAGCGCAUGCAUGCUUCUUUCUAUCUAUGCUAUUAUUGAAAGUACCUCGAUGAUUAUACGUCAUAUUUACGAAAAUUUUUAAUGCGUUUAAUGCCAUUUUAUUUUAUAUUACAGUAAAUUAUUUUUCUUAUACAUGUUUAAAUAUCAAGUUACAUUCUUAACGAAAUUACCAAAUAUAUAAAAAAAUGAGUUUUUUCAGCUUAUUACCUCUGCGAACGACACAAUAAAUGCUCUAACGUUCGAGAUCCCACAAUGUUAAUCGCAUACAAUCAAUUCAGACAGACUGUUCACAGCGAAAAGAAUACUACUACUAGAGAAUGAACGCAAGCGCAUGUCCGGUGACCUUGCAAUCAAUGCUACGCGUUCGGCUCGUGCAGUUUUCAACAAACAUUGUCAUCGUGAACAUGCCAAGUGCACAAGACGAACACGACUCCAGCUAUCGGCGAGACAUUCGGAAUGUUUUCAAGCUGAACAAUUGGAUUUUAGGGUCGAUCGGUAUUUGGCCAGUCGCGAUUUGCGGUAUCGGACGACACGCGUCCAAAAUUGCGAUCGCGAUCUGCAAUCUCGCAUUUAGCUUCGCGUUAGUGCCGUGCGCCUUGCAUAUCAUUUACGACGAAAAGGAUAUCAUCAUGAGACUGAAGCUAUGCGGCCUUUUGGCCUUUUGUCUCACCGCAAUGACAAAAUACUGCAUCCUCGCGAUACGUCGACCUAAGAUACUGCGUUGCAUCGAAUAUGUGAAAAGCGACUGGUGGCAGGUGACGUUCAGAUCUGAUCGCGAAGUGAUGCUGAAGUACGCUACCAUUGGUCGCAAUCUAACGAUUAUCGGAGCAUCAUUCAUGUACACUGCCGGCAUCAUUUAUUACAUGAUUUUGAUUCCAUUUUUUUCCGAGCACAAAGUCAACAAUCAAACCAUCAGACCGCUAGUGUAUCCAAUUUACAGCAAAUUUCGCCACUCUCAAAUUAGCCCGGUAUAUGAAAUUGUGUAUGUAGCUCAUUGCAUGUGCGGAUACACCAUAUACUCGGUGACAGCUGGUGCGUACGGACUUGCCGCCUUAUUCGCCACUCAUGCAUGCGGCCAGAUCGAAGUAAUCGUAUCACGAUUAGAAGAUCUCCUAAAUGGUGAAAGGUUCAAGCAAAGCUCGAAAAUUCAUCAACGAAUUGCUUCCAUCGUGAAGGAUCAUGUUCGAGUAAUAAGGUUUGCAAUUGUUGUGGAAGAAGUUUUACAAGAAGUAUGUUUAGUAGAGUUGACUAGUUCUGUAUGCACGAUAUGUCUGCUCGAAUACUACUGUAUAGUGGAUUGGCAACAAGAUAAUAAACUUAGUUUAGCAACUUAUUUUCUGCUCCUUGUUUCUUUCUGUUUCAAUGUAUACAUAUUAUGUUACAUCGGCGAGCUUCUCGUGGAAAAGGUACAUUUUUAUUCUAUGAUUAUGCAACUUAAUUUUGACCGCAUAUUGAAUAAUUGUUCGCGAUUAAUAUUACAGAGCAGUCAAAUUGGAUAUAUAUGUUAUAUGAUUAAUUGGUACCAAUUAUCGCCAAAAUCAGCUCGCAGUCUUAUAUUGAUAAUCGCUAUGGCGAGCCAUCCCAUAAAAAUCAGUGCUGGUAGAAUGGUAGAUUUAUCAUUACCAACUUUUGGAAAUGUAUUAAAGACUAGCGUGGCAUAUCUGAGCUUCCUGCGGACGUUAGUGAUGUAAAUAUUGUAUAAUCGAAUUAUAUGACAUAUAUCAGAAAUUUAUAGAAAUUAUGUGAUAUAUAUAUAAAGUGAUUUAAAUAUA